AUGACAGCACAAACAAGUGGAAAUAUACCUGUUAGCAAGAUCAGUCCGAAAUACCUACACUCAAAUUCAACCAGCCACACCUGGGCCUUCAGCGCCAUUGCAGAGCUUAUUGACAAUGCAUAUGACCCGGAUGUGGGAGCAAAGAACUUCUGGAUAGAUAAGACAGUGAUCAAAGGAAAGAUCUGCCUCACCUUUUUGGAUAAUGGAGUUGGCAUGAACUACCAAAAAAUGUACAGCAUGCUUAGUUUUGGCUUCAGUGACAAAGAGGCAAAAGAUGACCAUACUCCGGUAGGUCGCUAUGGUAAUGGGUUCAAGUCAGGCUCUAUGCGACUGGGGAAGGACACCAUCGUGUUUUCGAAGACCAAGGAGACCAUGUGUGUGGGCCUGCUCUCCCAGACAUACUUAGAGGAGAUAGGAGCUGAGAACAUCAUUGUUCCCAUAGUCACCUUUACAUACAACGGAGAGAACCAGAUCCAAGCCCUGCCAGAGUACGCAGACUGUCUGAGGGACAUUCUGCAGCACUCUUUGUUCCAGAAUGAAGAAGAACUGUUGCGCGAGUUCGAGGCCAUCGACACACCCAGCCGCACCUCUGACAGAACAGGAACACGCAUCAUCAUCUGGAACCUUCGCAAAACAUCAGGAAAGCCGACAGAGUUUGAUUUUGAUAAGGACAGCUAUGAUAUCAGGAUACCAGUGGAUGAGUCUGAAGACAAGAAAAAGAAUUAUGGAAAACCAGAACGUUUUAUGGAGUCCACUCCUGAAAGUGAUUUCUCUUUGCGGGCAUACUGCAGUAUUCUGUACAUGAAGCCCAGGAUGCAGAUCAUCCUUCGUAAGAAGAGGGUAAAGACGCAGCUCAUCUCCAAGAGUCUGGCAUUCACCAGAAAGGAUUACUACAAACCCGCCUUUCUUAAGCCUAAAUCUAUUCCAAUUACCUUUGGGUACAACACCAAGAGCAAACAGCAUUACGGGAUCAUGAUGUACAACAAUAACCGACUCAUCAAAGCCUACAAGCGUGUCGGCUGCCAGCUCAAAGCCAAUAACCAAGGAGUUGGAGUCAUUGGUGUGAUUGAGUGUGAUUUCCUCAAUCCAACACACAAUAAGCAGGACUUUGAUGACACAGAACAGUACAGAAAAACCAUCUAUAAUGUUGGUGUGAAGUUGAAGGAGUAUUGGGAAGAAUUGCGCCACGAGAAGAGUUCAGGGAAUCCAGACAGCUCUGUAUCUGUGGAGGACAUGGUAGAAUCUCCAGACCAGAACUGGGUGCAGUGUGAUGACUGUAUGAAGUGGCGAAAAAUCCCAGAUGGCUUUGACUGUGAGCUGCUCCCAGAGAAAUGGUUCUGCCACAUGAACCCUGACAAUCAGUUCAGAUCUUGUGAUAUUCCAGAGGAGGCAAAAGAUUCAGCUGAUGAGGAACAGCCCGAUCUGAAACCGUACAAACAGCAGGAGAAACAGAAAAAGAGAGAGAGAAGGAAACGACAGACUGUGACAAGUGUUCAAACUCCCAGCCCUCGCAAACGUACUGCCUCCAGCUCAUCUCAGUCAGGUUUCAGCACCCCAUCGAGUCUUAGGAAAAGGAAAGGUGAAAAGGUUACCCAAAGAGGGAUAAAGUGGGAGAGAGAUGAACUGAGUGGGUUUGGUGAUGUCAGUGACUCUGAGAAAUAUUCAAUAUUCACACCAAUAAAAUCCGAAAAUGAUGAUGAUGAUGAUGAUGAUGAUGUGGUUAAGAAGGAGCAGACCUGGUGUGAUGACAGCAUGAUGGAUACAAAUCAGGAGAGGAGGAGGCCAAAGAGAGCUUUUGCGUUUGACAAAGAAAACAUGGAAGUGAAGAAAACCAAAUGGACUGAUGGUGGCAACGUUGAUACCUCUGAAACACCUUCAGCCUUCAACUCAAUGCCAGAACUUCACACAAUAUCAAUGUCCCUCAAAACUGCCAAUGAUGAUGAGGAGAAGCAGAAAGGGUGCGAAGACAGCCUUAGUGAGACACAGGAGGAGCAGAGUGAGAGUGAUGCCAUCCUGACAGAGGAACAGGAAGAACAGGAUGAGUGUGACGACCUCUUGAGGGAGGAACAGGAGGAGCAGAAUGGGAGUGGUGAUAUUGUAAGUGAGGGAGAGGAGGAGCAGCCAACACCCUAUGGGGAGCUGUUGAAUCUCCUAAAUCUGACACAGGAUAUAGCGAAGAUAGUACGCAAAACAAUACGGAGCUUCCAGAAACAAAUACGCUCUCUCAGACAGCAGCUAGAGGAGGUUCAGUUUACAAACAAGAGAGAGCAGCAAGAAGAGCAAACAGAGUACUGA